AUUGACCAUGGAGAUGCACCAUCUGAAGCUAACAAUGAACCUAGGCCAACACCAGCAGAAAAUGGAGUAAAUUACACUGCCUCUCUUACACCGAAACCAGCAACUCAGGUUGUCCAUAGCCAACCAGCACCAGGUUCGGUGAAAGCACCUGCAAAGACAGAAGAUCUUAUUCAGAGUGUCCUCACAGAAGUGGAAGCACAGACUAUUGAGGAGCUAAAACAACAGAAGUCUUUUGUUAAGCUUCAGAAGAAGCACUACAAGGAAAUGAAGGACCUUGUAAAGAGGCACCACAAGAAAACCACCGACCUUAUCAAAGAGCACACUGCAAAGUAUAAUGAAAUCCAAAAUGACUACCUGCGACGAAGAGCAGUUUUGGAAAAAACAGCAAAGAGAGACAGUAAGAAAAGAUCUGAAACAGGCAGCCCAGACCACAGCUCUUCAACUAUUGAACAGGAAUUAGCUGCACUCGACUCUGAAAUGACCCAGAAGUUAGUCGAGCUGAAGGAGAAGCAACAACAGCAGCUGCUAAAUCUCCGACAGGAGCAGUAUUACAGUGAAAAGUACCAGAAACGAGAGCAUAUUAAGCUGCUUAUUCAGAAGUUGACAGAUGUAGCAGAGGAGUGUCAGAACAGCCAGCUAAAGAAACUGAAAGAAACAUGUGAAAAAGAGAAGACCGAAAUGAUUCGAUCAUAUAUCCAGGAGGUGGUGCAGUACAUAAAACGGCUAGAAGAUGCUCAGACUAAAAGACAGGAGAAACUUGUAGAAAAACACAAGGAGAUUCGUCAGCAAAUACUGGAUGAAAAGCCUAAGUUGCAGGUGGAACUUGAUCAGGAAUAUCAAGACAAAUUCAAAAGACUGCCUUUGGAAAUCCUGGAGUUUGUACAGGAAGCCAUGAAAGGGAAAAUCAACGAAGAUGGAGACCACAGUUCUGCCCCCUCUUCCCUGGCAUCUGACGGUGGAAAAUCAAAUCAUAAACCUCUGCAAAGUGAAGAGGAAGUGGAAGAAGAUAAUCCAGAAAAAGUGUUUGAUACUACUUUUUAA